UUUUUGCUGCCGAAUGAGAGGCGAGAAAAAACAGACACCAAUGUUACUGCGUACGAGGCGACGUGCUGCUCUGAUGUGAGGGCAUCGAGAGCCGCUCGUAUGAGGACCUGGUGGCACCCUGAUUAAACCCUGACUGAGCACGUGCCUCUAACUGCCUAACAAGAAACAUGACGGCCAUCAACGCACCACGGGACAAAUACAAUGCAGUGUGGAUAAUUUUCUUCAUCCUGGGCUUGGGAACCCUAUUACCCUGGAAUUUCUUCAUGACGGCGACAAUGUACUUCACGAGUAGGCUGAAGGACCCUCCCUCUGACAUCUCCCCAAAUCAGCUGACCAAUGAAACUUCGGCGGGCGAAGAUAAUCGCAGUGUGCUGGAGUCCAAGUUUAACAACGUGAUGACGCUCUGCGCCAUGGUGCCGCUGCUCAUCUUCACCUGCCUCAACUCCUUCCUUCACCAGAGGAUUCCUCAGAAGCUCCGGAUCACCGGUAGUCUUGUGGUCAUCCUGGUGGUGUUCCUGCUGACGGCGGUGUUCGUCAAGGUGGACGUCGCCCCAAUGCCCUUCUUCACCAUCACCAUGAUCAAAAUUAUCUGCAUCAACUCGUUCGGGGCGAUUCUUCAGAGCAGUCUGUUCGGCCUGGCAGGAAUACUGCCUGCCUCCUACACCACUCCCAUCAUGAGCGGACAGGGGCUGGCCGGCACCUUCGCCGCCUUCUCCAUGAUCUGCGCACUGACCACUGGAUCGGCUCUGAAGGACAGCGCUUUUGGUUACUUCAUCACAGCCUGUGUUGUCAUUCUUCUGGCCAUAAUGGCCUACCUCGUUCUGCCCAGGAUGGAGUUUUUCCAGUACUACAUGGAGAGUAAUGGAUCCGCACCCUCUGCUGAUGAGGAGAACAAUAUGGACUUACUCAAAAAAGAAAGCCCAGCAGAAAAGCGACCGGUGGUCAGUCUGACGGAGGACGAGGCCAAACCCACCGUGUCUGUGGUAAACAUCUUCAAACAGAUCUGGGUGAUGGCUCUGUCUGUGUGCUUCAUCUUCACCGUCACCAUUGGAACAUUCCCAGCCGUAACAGUGGAGGUCAAGUCGACAAUAGCAAAUGGGGGCACCUGGGAAACUUACUUCAUCCCUGUGUCAUGUUUCCUCCUCUUCAACUUGAUGGACUGGGCCGGCAGGAGUCUGACGGCCGUCUGCAUGUGGCCCGGUAAAGACAGCAUCUGGCUUCCUGUCCUGGUGGGCCUGCGGGUCAUCUUCAUCCCUCUCUUCAUGCUGUGUAACGUCCAGCCUCGUCACUACCUCCCCGUGUGGUUUGGCCACGACGCCCUGUACAUCAUCUUCAUGAUCCUCUUCUCCUUCUCCAACGGAUACCUGGCCAGCCUCUGCAUGUGCUUUGGACCCAAGAAGGUGCCACAGCAUGAGGCGGAGACGGCGGGGGCCAUCAUGGCCUUCUUCUUGUCCCUCGGCUUGGCGCUGGGCGCUGGAGUCUCAUUUGCCUUCCGGGCCGUGAUCUAAAACCUCCAGUAGACCCUCCAGUAGAUGUAGAAUAGACCACGUCGCCCUCAAACACUGCCCGUCAACCAUCUCCGACUGAGUGGAGCCAGUAGAGCAGACUAGAAGACUAGAGGACCUCAGUCUUCUCAAGUGUACAGCAGAGACUCGUCUCAUCCAGCCAUCUCGGCAACAGCAUAAGCGGAAACAUGUUACUGAAUAUUUUGUUUUCUUCCAAACUCGGCAGCAGUGUUUAAACUCGAUGCCAUUGAUCUAAACGGGUUGUUUCUCUGAGAUGAUUUGAAGAGUUCAGAGUGCAACCAGAGCAGCAAAACAAAACCCAAUCUGUAGAGAAAUGAGUUGUCAGAAGUGGACUCCUCAUUUAGACGACGGCAGAGAUUCUCCGUUUUAAAUUUCCCAAGAUAUCACAAAGGUUGAGCCCAGACACCGUUAAUGAAGACAGACCGUACACGUAGUAUCCUAGAGCCUCAUUCAUAAAAUAUCCUUCUGCAAAAAAAUUAUGUUUCACUUUCUUUGAAACAGUCACAUUCUUUAGAAAUCAUAUUAAGUUAUGAUGAUAUGUAAAUACAGUCUUGAAACUUAUUUAUGAAUGAGGCUCUUAGAUUCUGGUCUACAUAAACUUGUAAAUUUAACCCCAAGUUUGUAAACCUCAAUGCAACUGUUUUUUAUUAUUUGAAUGACUUCACUUUGGACUGUUGCAGCUUUUUAACUCUGAUCAAGCCAAAUACAUGAAGACGACGUGGGAAAAUGAUGAACUUUGAAGGGAUGUCAUGACCCAUCAAACUGCUAAUUAAUGUGCAAAGUGUGUAAACCAUUGUGUUUGUAAACGUACUCAUAACAAAUCAGUACAUUUUUGAAGAAUGUAAGGACGGACUGAAUCCUAAAGACGAGGUUUUACUCAAUAAUCUGGUCCACAAACUGCUGAAUAUUCAUUGUUUUAGAGAGGGGUGUUUGUUUGUAGUUUUAGAUUAAAGUUUUUACUGUUACUUUGUCUUCCUGAUUAAGUUUUGCCAAAAUGUAUUAUUGAACGCAGCAAUAAUAAGAAAAUGCAGCCGUCAGUGAUGUGAGAUCAGGAGACUUUUUAAUCUCAUUCUUGGGUUCUCACGAGCCUGUAAUACUUCUCAUUUAGACACAUUUUCAUGGAAGAUAAGUUUUGUAUCAGAAGUAGAUUUUAGUGUUUUUCAAACUUUACCAUUUGGCUCUAGCCGAGAUAGUUUUGUUCUGAAUGCGGAGGAGAAAAGGCCUCUUGUGCCUCAGUGUUAUAUUUUUGUGGCCUUUUUGAUGCUCCUUUUGUUUUAAGUCUGUUUUAGUUGUACACUAUUACUCAUAGCACCAGCUGUGUACAUCCUAAAUGCCUGUUUGUUAAAAAGCACAACGUUGGUCUGUUCUUUCGUACUUUGUGUUUUAGUUGGUAUGGGAGUCAUGGAUCAUUUAAAAUGUUCCUUUCUUUUUUCUUUUUUUUUUGCAGCUUAAAACAGU